UUUCCUCUGGAUUUGGGAUUUAUUGCUUCUCGACAGAAUGGAAAGCCGGGAUUUCGCUCCUCCACACCACCUCUUGACAGAGCGGGGCGCGCUGGUUCACCACGCCUCCUCUCGGAUAGCUUCUGGCGGCCGAGGCACGGUGCAGCACCCCGCUCACUUCCAGCCUGGAAAGUACUAUUCCUCUCACAUCGCCAUGGCCCCACAUUCAGGUGGUUCGUUCAUGGGCUCGUUUCUGGCCAACAGUUUGGGCUCUCCCCCGUCUCACCCUGCCUCCCCUUCCUCCCCCUCCUACAGGGGAGGACCUCACUCCAGCGCCUCCCCCAUCUGGUUCCCUCACUCACAUGAAGGGUAUCCCCGGUAUUCAGGUCUGACUUCCCCCUUUCUUCCCAUGAGCUCCUUGGAUCACCAUAGCAACAGCAGCAUUCUCUACGGACAGCACCGCUUCUACGACACUCAGAAAGAUCAUUUCUACUUGCGAAGCCUGACGUCCCAGUCCCCUCUUCUCUCAACCAAUCACAGCCUUCCGCCACUGUCUAGGACUGCCCCCGGACAUCCUCUGGGGUCCUGCAGCAGAGAAACAGACUCUGGGGGAGGGGGAGGUGGAGGGGGUCUCCAAAAGAGCUCCAAGGAACUGGGGAUGGUGGAAAAGAGUGUGUCGAAAGAGAGAUCCAUCAGCAAAGAGAGACACCAGGAGAGCAAAGAGAGACAUCAUCAUCAACACCAUCAAGAUCCGCGUCAUCCGUUCUCUCAACCCCACUCCCUCCCCACUCACAUGGGUGAGGAGGACCACAGACACAAAACCCCCAACCUGCCCACAGAAUACAGGGACGACCCCGCAAACCAGGGCUCCAAACACAACUGUGCUCAACUUAGCAAACUAUCCAACGGAGACUCUGUGUCCAAGGACGGGUCCCUGAACAGCUGUGGGAGUGGAGGGGGUAGCAGACCCCAGGGGAGUGGUAGUGGGGGGACGAGGCGAUGCUCCAAGGAAGGGCGGGUGAGCGGGGAGAUGAGGAUAAGCGAAACUCUCCCCUCCUCCUCGUCAGACUGUCUGCGUCGAGCAGCCAUGAUGGGACCCCACAACCCCCAUGCCAUGGCUUCCUACUCCAUGCCCCCGCCCCCUCCUCCACCCCUACACAUGGGCCCUGCUGUGGGAGGGGGCUGGCUGCACCACCCCCAUCACCCCCAUCACCCUCACCCUGAGUUCUACUGCCCCCCUGCCCCCGCCCCACUCACCCUCACCCAUCCUAAAGACAGAGUAUCCGGGAGGGAGGUAAAAGUCUCUGGCCCAACGUACAUCCCCUCAGUCGGGCCUUUAGGGGACAUGGGGUCCCCUGACUGCCAUGGUGCUGGAGGAGGAGGAGGAGGAGAUAAGGGUGGAAAAGGGGCAGAGAACAGCGGAGGGGGAGGAGGAGGAUCUAGUGAAAGUCUUCCUUCUCUUCAUCCUCGUCCUGAUCGUCCUCAGUCUAGUAGCUGCCAGAGGAAGCCACCGUCCCAGACGCAGCAGCCACAGCCACAGCAGCAGCUGGGCUACUGCAAGGCAGACAAGCCCCCGGACUGGAACCAGAACCAGAACCACAACUACAACCAACACCACAGCCAGAACACCCAGCCCAACUCCCAGCCUCAGCCACAUAACCCUAACCGCCAGUCUGGGCCUCACUCUUGCAGCCUAGAGGCUUCUUCCUCCAGGGGAGACCUGGAGGUCCUAGAGGUCUACUGGGCCUCCCUGCCUCUGGAAGCCCAGAGUGCUCACCCCAGGCCUGGGCACCAAGCCACCAAGACUGGGCCCAACGCCAGCACCCCGCCCUUCCGGGACUGUUCACACUCAGGUCCUCCUGAUGGAAAGGGGGGGUUGGGGGGGAGUGGAGGUGCCCAGAGAGAGGGACAGAAGGUUGCUAGGAUACUGCACCAGCGGCACAGUAGUCAUGGAAGCGGGUCGGGUUCUGAUGGAUCAGGGACUGAGAGGGGGAGAGAGGGGGGGAAGCAGAAUCAGAAGAGUGAGGGUGUUGUCAUGGGGUACAGGGGUCAAACUCCCCCCACGCUGCACCCCUGGGGGAUACCGAGGGGUCCCCAAGAAGACGAGAGGAGGAUCUCCCCAUACACAGAGUCCUACCCAGAUAACAAGACUCAAAACCACCACGAUCAACAGCACUGUAAGACAGCACCUCAUCCCUCCUCCCACUCCUCCCCCCCAGAAGGAGAGAGCAGCGCCAUGAAGAACCUGAUGAACUACAGUUCCCAGCAGCCAUUGAUGCUCUCCCAGAGGAGUCUCUUCGGGGGGCUGGGCUGCCUGAAGCCGGGGGGCGAGAAGGGGGGUAGAUCCAGCACCCCUCAGGAGCCCCCCAAACAGCCCCUACCACCCAGGAGAGGGUCCACCAGCGAGGGAGAGAGGAUGGAUGGAGGGGGGAGAGGUAGAAGGGAGGCGGGGGAGACACACGGGGAGGGGGAGGUACGACAGCCACCUGUGGGUAUAGCUGUGGCGGUCGCCCGGCAGAGAGAGCCCCCCCAACACCCAUCAGACACCCCCCCAGGACACAGCCGACAGGGCAGGGUGCUGCCCAGUGUGAAAGGUGUGUCUCGGUCUGUGUACCCGCUGGGCCGGGAGGCAGAAGAGAGGAAGAGGAUGACUGAGGAGCAGCUCAGCCUUCAUCACCUUGACCGAGACAGAGAACUCCUCAUCAGGGAAAGCCAGGAGAGAGUGGAGUUUGCCAGGAUCCACCCAUCCAGCAGUUGCCAUGGUGACCUGACCUCUCACCUUCUGGUGCCUGGCGGGGCCAGCCAAUUAGGUGGAGACCCUUCUGCUCACUCCCACCACCAUUGGAUGCAGCGGACUGGAAGUCCCUCCCUCUGGAUGGGCCAUUCAUAUGGUCUGAGCCAUGCUGCGCUGCACCAGAGUUUGGGCCCAGGGUUCGGCCCUGGCCUGCCUCUGUCCCAGGACCCCUCUGGCUCCCUGGUGGUCCUGCCCUCUGAGCCUGCACACCACCACCUGGAUGUGAUGGAGCAGUCAGCUCUGUGGCCCUCGGUCUAUGGAGCCCGAGGCCUGUCACCCCACAUGCAGCAUCACUCUGUUUACUCCCGUUCUCCGUUCCUACGACAACAGGAGCUCUAUGCCCUGCAGCACCACCACCACCAACAACAACACAGGGCCAUGGAGCACAUACACCGACAACACACACUCUCACAGAGGAAGGCAGAGGAAACCACUAUCACCAUUGAUGACCGUCCUCUCCAUGAGACCUCGAGAACCUCCCGUGCUGCUAAGCUCUUCUCCCACACCCCUCCCUCCAAGACUACCCCUCCCUCACAGGAGCCUAGCAGCCACCAAUCACCCUGCUGCCACUCCCCUUCCAGGAGACCACACCCCCAGAACCUUCUAAACGCCGCCCCCAGCCCUGCGGCUGCAGCCCCGAGAUCCCCAGCUCUAAGCCCCGCGCCCUCACACCUGUCAAAAGUAGUGGAGAGAGGGGAAAGAGGAGAGGGGCAGCCGCCUCAGGAUUACCCACAAUCCUUAGAACCAGAUCUUCCACCAGGUUACACCUAUCCAGAAAUCGCCAUGCGUUACAAGGCUGAUCCUUCCCUAGAGGAGGCUCGAUUUGCUGAACAUGCUGAUCUAGAGGUGGAGCCAACUGAACCCUGCCCUAAGCUCUGCCCACACACCACAAGGAUUGUGGAGAAUGAGGAUGCGGGAAAACAGAAGAAGGAGAACGGCUGCACAGUUGUAGAAUCCAGUGGAGUUGUAGAAAGGGAACAAGAAGGAGCAGAGGUGGAUGGGCAAUCAGUAUCUGAGCCCCCACUAUUUGGAGUGAAGACCCCUGAAAUGGUGCCUUGUCCUGCCCAAGUUUCAAACCCAUCCCCAGCCACAGCUCCAGCUCCAAUCUCUGCAUCUGAGGAUGCCCAGAAAGGAGAGGUCUUUGUGGGCAGCCUGGCUCAGCCAGCUGGCUUGAAAGACUCACAACCAGCAGAGGAGAAGAAAGAGGAGGAGAAGGAGGAAAGCUCAGUAGAGUUGAAAAAUAACCACAUACCAGAUUGUACUGAGGAGGAGAAGGAUGUAGAGGAGAAGAAGGAGAGAGAGAAGAGUAAGGAGGAGGAGGUAGUGGAGAAUGAGGAGAGAGAGAAUAGCAAGGAGGAGGCGGUAGAGGAGAAGGAGGAGAGAGAGAAGAGUAAGGAGGAGGAGGUAGUGGAGAAUGAGGAAAGAGAGAAGAGUAAGGAGCAGAACGUAGAGGAGAAGGAGGAGAGAGAGAAGGGUAAGAAGGAGAACGUAGAGGAGAAGAAGGGGGGUAGGAGGAGUCAGAGUGAAGCCUCUGUGGAGUUACUAAGCAGCCCCCAGAAUUCUCCAACCCCAACCCCACCCCCAGCCCCAGCCUCAGCCCCACCCCCAGCCCCAACCCCACCCCCAGCCCCAACCCCAGCCCCAGCCUCAGCCCCAGCCCCAACCCCACCCCCAGCCCCAACUCCAACCCCAACCCCUGCCCCACCCCCAGCCUCAGCCCCAGCCCCAACCCCAGCCCCAGCCUCAGCCCCACCCUCAGCCCCAACUCCAACCCCAACCCCUGCCCCAACUCCAGCAGCAUCCUCUACCCUCAGUGAUGAUCCCUGCAUUUGGAGUCUGGAGCUUCUCAUCGCUGCGGCGCUGUGUGCCAGCCGGGAUGAACGCUACCCCGCUAUGCUCCCCUCCUCCACCACACCGCUGCCUGCCCCACGCCCACUCCCACACCGAGGCAUGGAGAUACUGGGAGAGUUGGCUGAGCUGGGGAUACUGCAGAGGAACAGGGAGAAGGAGAGAGCAACAGGAGGAGAGGACGUUUUGACCUUUGACCUUUGUAGCCUGGCGACCCUGGCUGCGGCUCGCAGUCUGGAGCUUGGGGAAGGAGUUCCAGGGAGUGGGGAGGGGAAGCACUGUCCCGUCAGGAUGACCUUCAACCUGCGACGGAAAUGCAGCUGGACGCCUCGCCAUGAGCCGGUGUGUCCGGUGAAGGGUGUCAUGGAGACGGUGGAUGGGGCGGAGCUUGCGAUACGAGUCCAGCUAGCGGAGAUCCAGAGACGUUACAAAGAGAAACAGAGAGAACUGACAAAGCUGCAGAGAAAACAUGACCGCCAGAAAGCAGAGACCUCUCAUAGCCCUGCUCGCAGACGACCCGGUCGCCCCCGGAAACGCAAGUCUACCUCCAGUCCCAGCGCCUCAGACGGCCCCAAGAGACUCAGGGCGGAGGAUUAUGAAGCAGAUGGGAGCAGAGAGAAGCGGAGGAAGACGAUGACUAAUCAAGGCUUCCUCACGAGGAGGAGAGGUCGUCCCAGUCUGAGCUCCCGACUAGCACGGAGGGUGACCCAGCUGAAGCAGAAGGUUGUGGCCCAGAGAGGUGCACCAUCAGGGGGCAUGCACCGCCGCAGACGGGACCCCAGACCUGGAGCCCACGCAAACUGCAGAGAGAGUGGCACAGCAGCCGAUACAUCCAGUAACCAGCAGGACUGGGUGCCCAAUCAGGGGCUGAGGAGAAGGAGAGGUCGACCAAGGGUCAAACUGGGCGGACCUUCGACCAGAGUCCUCCGCAGAGGAGGUGUGGCCUCUGUGAAGCAGGAAAUGAACGAGGGGAAGAGCAACAGCGAGUGCUCAGGCCAGGAGGAGGAAGAAGAGAGGCGCUAUGACAGCGACGAAGGACUCAAUGAUGUAAAUACAGCGAUACCAUCCUCCAAAGACACGCCAACAAACUCUGCUGCGACUGGCCCAGCUGCUAAACUCCAAGCCAAUCAGAAAGCCAGGAGCAAGGAGGAGAGGCAAGGUGAUGAUGUGAGCAUGCCCAGUGUGGCACUGAGGAGGAGAGGAGCCCCCUGCAGGCCAGGCCCUGCUACUGUAGAUGGUAGAUGCCCAGAGCUCCAGGAGCCACAAGGGGCUAGGAGAGAACCUGUACCCAGCUGGAGGGUCUCGUUAGUGGGCAACAGCCUCCAGGACAGCAGGGGGGUCCAGGAACCAGUGGCGGAGGCGGAGGCAAAGAGGAAGAUCUCGAGACAAGAAAGCUUUCUGGGAAAGAGGAGAGGCUGCUGGCUGGAGACUGAGACCCAGAGAGAGGACACCACCAGGGCCAGGAGGAGCAGGAAGAAGCAGGCUAAGGGGCGUGCAGUGAGCCGGCUUCUGGAGAGCUUUGCGGCUGAUGAAGGAUUCCGAUUGGACGAGGAGAGCAGCUUCUCUGAGGGGGAGGAGGAAGACAUGGAGCAUACACCUCACACACACAGAGAACCAGCACUGCUUAACUGUGUGUUGAGCAGGGAGAUGCUGGUGGAUGGUCUGAAGGUGUUGAUAUCUAAGGAGGAUGAGCUGCUGUAUGCUGCCCGACUACACACUCUGGACCUGCCUGACAUAUUCCGUGUAGUGAUCGAGGGGGAGAGAGGGAACAGGCCUAGGAUCUACUCUCUAGAACAGAUAUUACAAGAAGCGGUGUUGGACGUGCGGCCACAGACAGAGGCCAUCCUGACUGCUGGGACACGUGUGUGUGCCUACUGGAGCGAACGCUCCCGUUGUCUCUACCCUGGAAACGUCCACAGAGGGGUUCCGGGCGAGGAGGAGAAGGGCAGUGUGAUGGUGGAGUUUGAUGAUGGAGACAGAGGAAGGAUCUCCCUGCCCAACAUACGCCUGCUGCCCAAUGGGUACCAGAUACACUGUGCGGAGCCAUCUCCAGCCCUGCUCUCAACUGGACGUUGUGGUCGCAGAAGCUCCACCCAGGACAGUAGAGACAAGCCCACAGAGGGACCAAACAAUGAAGAGGCAGAAGGAAGGAGCCAGGAGAGGAGACCAGUUGGACGACCAAAGAAGGUCAAGCCAGAGGCCAAUAGUUCAGCCACGACAUCGUCAGAGAGAGUAACCGGGGGCAACACUUCCUCGAUAAGCUGGCCGGCGAAGAGACUUCCAGCGGACUUCUUCCUGUUUAACGGGACAUCCCGUAAAACUCACCGAGUGUGUCGCCAGCGAGACCUGGGGGUGUUCCACCGCCCAGCCACACACCCCCUCACCCCUCCCACACCCCUCAAGUGCAUCUUUAGUUCCCCCUUUGAGGUUGACUCUUUCAGUAGCAUCGCCAACGGUUACGCUGGAGCCUUCAGAAGCGGAACCCACCGGCCUGUUACCACGGUAACGCCCCUGCUAAGUGACUCUGUCGCUAUGACAACGGUACCCUCCAACAGGAAGUCGAGUGACAGGUACAGAAAACAGUUCCUGGUGAAGCUGGACCACGAGGGCGUGACCUCGCCCAAAACAAAGAAUGGGAAAGCUCUGCUGCGUUUGGGGGGCGGCAGGGUGCACAAGGGUCCAUCUGCAGGGGUGGAGAGGGCACCUCUCAGGUACAUCCACCCUGCCUUGGUGGUGAAGAAGGGGGCACCUCUCAGGUAUAUCCACCCUGCCCUGGUGGUGAAAGACAGAAAUAAAGGAGAAAGAAGAGGAGAGAGUGGAAUGUCCAAGUCUGAGCCGCUCCUGAAGGGGGCACCAGCCCUCAGAAAGGGGCUCCCCUCAUCUGGUUUAGUGGGUCUGGGGGGAGAGUUUGGUACUCUGGACUGCCCCAGUGACUGCCCUAGCUCUUACUCUGAGCUGGAUGAAGAUGAUGAUGAUAAUGGAGAUGAAGACGUAGCUCGGAGGAGAGCAGCAGCGGCGGGCACUGGACGUUUCCUCUCACGUCUCUCUGUUUGCUCCUCGUCCUCUUCCUCUUCCUCCUCUUCUGGCUCCCUCUCUUCUUCCUCCCUCUGUUCUUCCGACUCCUCCUACUCCUCUGACGAAGAAGAAUCUUCAUCCCUCCUUCUCCGCCGAGCGCUGCUCCAGCAGCAGAAACACAAACACAAACAGAGCUUGACUUCUAACACUUUAACCCCUGACCCCACCACAAAGCCCAACCCAAGCCCCGCCUCGGCAACACCACACUCCUACGUUGCAAAGGCAGCCAUGUCCGUCACCGGGGAGUCAAAGGUGAGAGGAAGUGAUAGAGGAGAGGACAGGAAGGAGUACACAUCAAAGGGGAGGACCAAUAGUAGCAGCAGUGCAUCCAAAAGCCAAACCAAGAGGAAAGGUGGACCCGUCUCCAACACACACACUCUGUCUCUCAACACACACACUCCGACCCCCAACACACACAACCCGGCCUCCCAGCCCAAACCUCCCAAGGACCACCCAGCACAAAAGAGGCAGAGGAUGUUGUCACCGAUCCCCCAUCCUAAUAUGUCCGCCCUCCUGCCGAGUCGCCAGCUGUGGAAGUGGUCUGGAAAUCCCACACAGAGGCGUGGUCUGAAGGGUAAGGCCCGUAAGUUGUUCUACAAGGCGAUUGUGCGUGGUGGUGAGACGGUGCAUGUGGGGGACUGUGCUGUGUUCCUGUCCCCCGGUCGGCCCCAGCUGCCCUAUGUGGGGCGGGUGGAGAGCCUCUGGGAGUCCUGGUCCUCCAGCAUGGUGGUCAGGGUCAAGUGGUUCUACCAUCCCGAGGAGACGAGCCUGGGGAAGAGGCAACAUGACGGAAAGCAUGCUUUGUACCAGUCGAGCCAUGAGGAUGAGAACGAUGUCCAGACCAUCUCCCACCGCUGCCAGGUGCUCAGUCGCACCGAUUACGAGCACCUGAUUCGCAGACGAAAGCCAGGGGGUGGGGCCCAGGAUCUGUUUUACCUGGCAGGGACCUACGAGCCAACCACAGGCCAGCUGGUUAGCGCCGAGGGCGUGGCCAUCGUCCCCUAGCAACAACUAUUGAGUGUAAACAAAACAAAGCCUUAAAGAUGCUAGCCUCAUCUCUCCUGGAUGAAUCCAGCUACUGGUGCUGGUGUCAGUGAAGCAUGGUUCUGUCCAAAUCUAGAAGAGUUUGGAAACGAGGACCUUCCUUGGUUCUAGUUCCUGCUGGUUCUGGAUCUUGGAUCUGGGUCCUAUCUGGGUGUGGACGAUCCCAACCCAAAAAGGGAUAACAGCACUUUGGACCGCAGCACUGAAGUCAUCUGAUCUAAUGUGAUCUGAAGAGGGACUACAGUACUCUACUGACCUUCUGAAACUGACAGACAGUGUCCUUCCUAGCUACGUCUUGUCUCCAAGAGUUGUUUUACUGUCUGUCACAGAGUCAAAAACUGUCAUAGACUGACUCUCUGGCAGUUUGUCAGACUGUCAUAGACUGACUCUCUGGCAGUUUGUCAGACUGUCAUAGACUGACUCUCUGGCAGUUUGUCAGACUGUCAUAGACUGACUCUCUGGCAGUUUGUCAGAGAGACUCCUGUGACUCUUACUAGGUUGUUGCUGUAAGUGAGAAUGUGAUGUGUUCACUUCUCAGUCUAGAGACCUGGUUAAAUAAGGGUUAUAUAGAAGACAUAAAAUAGAGACUGGGAAAGAGAGAGAGAGAGAGAGAGAGAGCGACUACACUGGUGGCUACACUGCUCUGAUGAUAAAUGAAUGACGGCAGGAUUGAGAAAUCCCAAAAGGACCAAAAACACUGUAGUUCUGAAGUGUGUGUGUGAGAGAGAGUAUGUGCUGAGUGGUUGUAAUGGAUGCAUUUGGUCCUUGAACAGCUGAGAGUAAAUAGUGCUUUAGUGCAUUUGCGGUGUGUUUGCGUGUGUGUGUUUGCGUGUGUGUGCGUGUGUUGGUCUCUUGUCUAGACCUCACCAUGGAAACCCUAGAGGUCUUUAACACUCAAAAAGUAAACCUACUAAACCUAAAUCUAUGAAGAUUCAUAUAUCAAUGGAUUUACUAACCGCUUCUUCUCUAGACAGAAAACAAGACAAAAAGGAAUGAUUAUUUCUACAGUCAAGCCAUACACUUCAAUACCUCUCAUAUCCUUCUAUUCAGGUACAGCUGAAUGAUUUGUCUAUUUCUGUGUGUUGUACAGCAUUAUGUAUAAAGACUUUAAUAUUCAACUGGACAUAGUAUACAUAUAUAAUAUACAUGAAGAGAGAACUAUAUUCCUCUUUGUUGGUCUUUACGUUGUUAUUUUUUCAAUGACUGUUGAAUAGUUAUUUUGGCUUAGAGGGAGGAGCUUUAAGACUUCUUCUCUUUCUGCACUGAGUACGUUGUGGAGAUGGGAUGGGGUCCAUGAGGGGUAAAGCUGUAAAUAUGCGACGGGAUGGGUUCAAGUCCCAUUUUGGGGGUUAGUUGUGGAUUUAGUGACCGGGGAUGUUUUUAUAAGAUAAGUGGAAAAUGAUUUUUUUGUUCACAUCAUCAUUGGUCUGGUUUUGUAUAUUGUUCUUCUAGGUUUUAUUGUCUAUAAUAAUGUUGCUUAUUCUCCUGUGGGGGUUUCAAAUGUAGAUUUCUUUGUUUUUAGAAAUACUGGAAAGAGUUUUUUCUAUUCGCUGAUCCUUAAAGGUCCAGACUAGAGAGUUCUAGAUGUUCUAUAUCUAUAUAUUCCUAGAGGAAAUCUAUUUCUAUUUAUCUGGCCUAAAAAAAUACUAAACCAAAGCGCAUCUAUGUUUCGUUUCAUCACAUUAGAAUGCAAUAUGAAGAAAUAUAAAAAUAUGAAAUAUUCAAUAAAAUCUGAAUUCGGAGAUCCCUGCAAUCAUAUUCAAGUAGCUCACCUGGGUUUCCCUCCUACCUGUUGGCAUAGGACAUGGCUUAACAUUCACCAUCAUGUUGCCAUGGGAACACAGCAACUUUAUCUUCCUGCACGUAGCUUGACUGUUGCACUUGAAGGCUCCAUGACAACCAUAUGGCAUCUCAUGACUGUGAAGGACAAUCAAAGCCAAUCAAAAGAGGGGAAUGUCUAAAAAAAAAUGAUUAAGGAUCCAAUCAAAAUUGUGCUUAAUCUUUUCACUUUUCUUCCUGCUUUGCCAAAAAAUGUGUCUUUCUGUUUUUAUUUUUAUUUCACCUUCCACCCUUUCCUGCCAGUUAUAUAUGCCUGGGAUGACUGUUUCCAGUGUUGGGGUUUUCACAAGGAGAACAUGAAUGCCUUUUCAUAUGAGACGUACAUGAGCUGACUUUUUUGAACAACAUUGUUGCUGUAACACUAUGACGCAAAAGCUUAAAAUAAAUCUAAUGUGAACAUCCAUGUUAUAUUACUUUUUGUAGGUCUUUAAACAAUAUUUUAAAAGCUGUAUUUUCUUAAAGAAACACUGGAUUCAGUUCUAAACAUCACAUUGGGUGAAGUGACAUCAUCUUUGCGCAACCUGUUUUGAGACCAACUGGAAACAACUUACUUUGUAGGUUUGGUAUAUAGUUUGUGACAAUUGUCUCAGUCAUUGUUGGAAAUAUGACUAAAAUAUUUCCCCUGUGUAAAAAACAAAGUUAUUUAUCUUAAUUUUAUUGCCUUUCUGUUGCAUUUAAUUAAUAAAAAAAAUGCUCAAAAUGCUCAAA